GGUUGAGAAGACAUCAUCAAGUAUGACUUCUUGAAGGUUCCCAUGCCUUACCACGGCGGUUCCGCGUUGGACGGCCACGCUGCACCGUUGAGCCACAGCUUGGAGGCCGUGGAGUCGUUGGCGGCCGGGCUCAGUUUCUAUGAGGAGGACGGAUCCAGCCUGGCCUAUUUGAGUUAUGGGCAGCUCAGAUCUCACGCUCAGAAGCUAGCAGGGCGACUGAAGCAGGCCGUGAAUGUUGUGGCAACACCACGGCUUUUGGUGGAUCCUGAUUUACCUCGUUGCGAUCUCUUGGUGGCAUUUUGGGGCUGCAUCUAUGCUGAGAUUUGCCCCUGCUUUUUGGGAUGCACUGCUGGUACCAGAAGCCAACGAGCUUGGGAAAUGCUGGGAUCUCCUCCGCUUCUCUUCAACUCGCAGAAGUCCAGGUCACGCCUUUCCGCGACCGGCGUGGACCUGGCGGACCUGGCGCCGGACGCGGACGCGCCGCCGGACGCAGCACGUGCCGUUUCUUCGCCGCCGUUGGCGAAGAAAGUGGCCUUUCAGAUGGUGGCUGAGAAUGACAAAUCCGAGCUGAUACUCUACAGCUACUCUCAUGACAGUAUUUGGGCCAAUAGCAUGGGUAUGAAGCAGAUCUUCAGAAACUUCAGCGUUCCGAACGGGACGUCCUUGAAGUCUUUGAGCUGGAUGCCGAUAUCGCCCUUCACCCUGCUGUGGCACUGCGCAGCAGUGUUUCAUGCAGCCUUUGAGAUUCAUGUCGACCUUCCAGGUCUUCGAGGUCGCGCUGGAGGCGGAUCAGAGCAAGGUCUUGAGCCCGGCAGUUCUAUGGCACCUUGGCACUUCUUGCGCCGCCUCCGACGUCAUGCUGGGGAGCUCGUGGUGGCUGCACCACUGAUUUUCUAUCGACGAAUGUUGGGGCGGCCCUUCCAUUCCUUGGGCAAAGUCCGGUGGCUGCUGCUGAGUAAAGAUGACUGGCAGAUGGAGGAUCUCAGAAGUUUGCUGAGUCACCAGGAGGAGCAAAAACAGGAUCUGGAGUUUCACCAACUCUUGGUGGCACCAUGGGGUGCUGGCUUAGCUUAUGCACCCCUGGGCUCGGAUCUGUUUGCCUCGCCUUUACCGGGCGUUGAGCUGCGUCAGUGGCCGCUGAUGGCCCGUGGCCUCCAAGCUCUGCCGGGCGCCGCGUUGGCCGCGUUCGGCUGGAGGGCCUUGGGAGGAGGAGCCCUGCGACAGGAGCGGCUACGGAUCUCAGGUGUGGAGUACAGCUCUGCUGAAGUGGAAACCGCCCUGGAACUCUCGCCCUUGGUCUGUCCUGGGUCCACCGUGGCGUGUUCCGCGGGGGACGGAGGGGGCCUGGUGAUCGUCUUUGUUCCGAAGGAUGGCACCAUCAGCUCCCGCGAUGCCUUGGCGAAAUCGCUCGCCGCCCACCUGGCCUUGUCGCUGGGCCUCCACGUCCAGCGCUGGGUGCCGCUGCCUGCGGCGGCGCUACCGCGGGCGGCCGAGGGCACGCUGCGGCGGGAGGUGCUGAAGGGGUGGCUGCACGGGGUCGAAGGCACUGGCGCUCCAGUUGAAGACGCGCCUCUCCCAGCAGACUGGGUCUUUGAGGAAGACUUCAAAGCGCAGGCGUUGACUUCGAACGUUGAAGUAGAUGAAGAUGCUAUUGAGGAACGUAUGGAGGGUGCAGCGCUAGACCCUGAUGUCCACUCGCCCAAGCGGUUGCUGCUGAUCAUCGGUGGCAGCUCAGAUCUCUCAGCGCAGAUCCUUCGCGCCGCCUCGGGCCGUGCGGACUUCGGCGACGUGACACUGCGCGCGGUGGAGUCGACGGAGGCGGCGGUGGCGGUGAUGCAGACGGAGACGGAGGGACUUGAGCUGAUGGUGCUGCACUUGCUGCAAUGCGAGGACUCACACGGCACAGAGGAGGUGGUAAGUGUGAUCCAGCUACUGCAAGCGUGGGAGAGGAAACACAGCACUUUGAACUUGAAGGUUCCGGUGCUGAAACUUCUCUGCGUUUCAACCGGACGCCACAGGCGUGUGGCUGGCGAUGCGAUGGAUCCGCGGAAACACUUUCUGUCAGGCGUUCUGCUCAGCGCGUCCCUGGAGAUGCCGUGGCUCAAGGUCUGUCAGCUGGACGCCUGCCCCAAGCUGCGCGCUUCGACGCUGGCGGAGCAGCUGUUGCAGGAGAUGAGCCACUUGGCGUUGGCAUUGGCCAGCGGAAAUGGCAUGGGAAAUGCCAUGUGUUUGAUGUCAGGCUCAGACCUCAACAGCUCCGAAAUCCUCCUGGACGCUGAUGGAGUGCGUUUACUGAGACGCCUCCGUCCAGCGGCGCUGGCGCCGCAGAAUCGCUUGCAGUUGUUGAAGCAGUGCAGGAGCAUCCUCCUGGCCGGCGGCCUCGGAGGCAUCGGCUCCCUCUGGGCCGAACACCUGGGUGCCGAGCAGCUGCUGCUGCUGGGCCGGCGCCCAAGCAGCGCCGUGCAGCGGCACCUGGAGGCGCUGCGACGUGGAAACUCAGAGAUCGUUUACAUCUCUGCGGACAUUUCCAAGAAGCAGCAGCUCCGGUCAGCUUUGAAGAACUGCCCGGCCAUGAACUUCUUGGACUUUGCCGCCUGUUUAUGCGAGUCAUUCGAGCCUCCUCAAUCUGUCUUGCAGCUGGACGCCAUGACUGCCAUGAACGGACCUCAAGAAAAGUUGCGAGGAGCUGAAAACUUCAUUGAAGUGUUGAAGGACGUGACCUCCACCACUCCGUUUCGCCGUGUGCCCGUGCUCUUCGCCUCCAGCGCCGUCAGCAUCGCCGGGGCGCCACAGCUGGGCGUCUACAGCGCCAAGGCGCGGGCGCUGGAGGCGCUUUGCACGAAGGAAGCGGCGCAGACGGCCACGCGGCGGAAGAUGCUGGAGAUCGGCUGCGUGGCGCUUUCAGCCUGGGACCACGUUGGCAUCACCGCAGCGUUCCCCGCCCUGGCCAGCAACGCGCCAGCGCUGGGGCUCAAGACCUUGACGCCGCAGCAGGGGCUCGAAGCCUUGGAGGCGGUGCUGCGGUUCCAAGCGCCGCGCUUUACGGUGCUCAUGGUGGGAGUGGAUGGUCAACAUCCUAGAGUUCAAGCGCUCACAGGCGGCUCCUCUGGUGCCGCAACGAGCACGGCCACGGUGAGCGGCUGUGUGGAAAUGAUCCAGGCGGCGGUCCGGAAAGUCUUGGGAAAGGAGGCCAACCUGGGCCACCUGGACUUGAAACCAUGGCUUAACAUGCUUGAAAUACGUGACAGUUUCGUGGAGCUGGGGUUGGACUCGAUGUCCUCCAUGUCGUUGCACAGCAGCCUGAGCGAUGCCUCAGGUGUGGUUCUCCCCCUGUCGCUCUUCUACGACGAGCCCAGCCUGCUGGACGCCGCCAAGUACCUCCACCGCGCCGCCGGCAGCAGCGACGAAGUCGGCGACGAGGAGAACUUGGAGGCGCUGCUGCAGGAUGACGAGGCGAGAAGAUCCUACCAGUUGAGCCAGGGAAGAAGUGCCAUGAACGCCAAGGACUUUCACCUGGCGCGGGAGAAAUGUCGUGCCGCUUCUGUGGGCGCCACGGGCCACGCGUUGAUCGCCGCGCUGGCCCUCGAGGCCGAGGCCUCCCGGGCGCUGGGCGACGCCACGACGGCGUUGGAGCUGCUGCGACGGGUGCGGAGCAACGAGGAGGAGCUGCACGGUGCGGAGAGUGCCGACUGCUGUUUAGCCCUGGGUAAGUUGAUCCACCUGGGUGCCACCGAGCAUUGCCACGACUUCCAGCGCCAUCACCGGCGCUUCCUCGAGGCUGUCGCCUGGGUGGCCAGCGCCACCGCAACCGGCGAAGCCUGCGUGGCCUGCGUGGCGUGGGAGAUGCAGAAGUUGAGGUGGUUGAACUUGGAUCUGCAAAAAUUGGAUGGAUUUCCGAAGGACGAAUUGGGUGUCCUUAGUGGAUUGGAAGUGCUGGAGGUGAUGACAUUAAGGCGCAACGGUUUGACAGAACUUCCCAGCAGUUUUGGCCAACUGCAGACAUUGCGGGAACUGUAUUUGACGGGCAACUGCCUGUCGGACUUGCCGGAGAGCUUCUGCAAUCUCUCCAAAUUGCAGGUGCUGUGCCUGGAACGGAACCGAUUGGUGAAGUUGCCAUCUGCCGUGUAUGCCAUCUCCAAACGAUUGCUACAACUGGGGCUGGAUGAACAGGAAGUGCCCUUCUCCUUGGAUGAGCCACUUCUGAUCCCGAAGCUCUCCAUUCUGCGCGCGCGGGGCUGCCAAGCAGCGACCUUUCCCAAGAUGCUCUUGGGAUCCAAAGGGGUUCCCGCCAAUUUGAACACCGUCUUCUGGGCCAACAACGGACUGUUCAAGUUGCCGGAUCUAAAAGAUCCUUCGGUGGCAGAAGCACUUCGAUCUUUGAGACUGUUGGAUUUGGCUCACAACCAGAUCACUUCGAUGAAUGCCUUGACGAUGUCAGACUUUUCCUUACGCCAUCUGCGCGACCUCAGCCUGGCCGGAAAUCGCCUUUUGGAGGUCCCGGCGGAGAUCGCCCAAGCGUUGCCCUCGCUGCAGCAGCUCUGGUUGCACGGAAACCAGCUGCGGCAGCUGCCGGAGGAGCUCGGGGAGCUACACUCCUUGGCGAUCCUGGAGCUGCACCACAAUCGGCUACUGGAGCUUCCGCAGUCCAUGGGGAAGCUGCAGAAGUUGAACUGGUUCUUUGCGCAUGGCAAUGAGUUGACUGAUGUGCACAUCAUCAAGACUCUGAACACGCUUCCCAGACUGAAGAUCGUCGGUUUGGGUUGCAACAAGAUCCCACUGCAGCAGAUUGACUUUCACUCCCUGCAUGCGAGCUACGGGUUAGGUUGGAAUUUGGGUAUAGCCGCUGCAGACGAAGUUCUCACAGAGGCCCUGACAACCACAGAUCUGCAUUGGGAUCGACUGGUUUCAGACGAGGUGCAGCAGCUGCUGGUCAUCACCUUCUCAGCGCAGGGCGCGCCCGUGGCGCAGGGGCAGGCAGAGGUGCGUGCACUGCGCGAUGCCAUGCUGAAGGUGGAUGCCUUGUACGUCUGCGACCCAGCGAAUGCCUGGUUCUUGCAGGAUCCCACCUUCCACUGGAAGGGUCUAGAGUAUUUUGAGCAGAAAAUCUCCAGCAUCACUGCGAAGUACCGUCGCGUUUUUGCGUGGGGCGGCUCCAUGGGAGGUUCCGCCUCGUUGCUCUUUGCCCAUCUGGUGGAUCGAGUUCAUGCCUUCAGUCCCCAAGUGGAUCUGGCCUUUACCUGGCCCACCUUUGGCACACAGGAAGUGCGACAACAGUUCCGGAGACAGGUUCAGGACUCCGUUGCUCGCUGUCGCGGCAAAGGCGGCGUGGUGCACAUCCACGUUGGGGCGGAGAAUCACACAGACAAUCGCCAUGCGGCAGCUGGGCCGAAAAGGUCUUUUUGUGUGUGGUGGUGA